GAGUCUUGUGUGAGAAGCUGUUUGGAAGUGAGGCGACAGAGGAACAGCACAGAGAGCAGGAGACAGGGAUGGAUGGAGUGAUCAGUGCUCGUGUGCCGUUGUCGGUGGUCUCAGUAGGGGUUGUGAGGUUUCUGGGCGUGUCCUGGUGCUGGAGUGUAGCUGCGGGGCUUGGAGUGUAUUUGGGUUCAGGAGGCUGGAGGUUCAUCAACAUCACAGCUCGCACCAUCAGGAGAGACCUGAGUGGUCUGUACGUGCUGCUCCGUGUGAAGUGUAUCGUUCGGCGUUACCUGCGCUGCGGGAGCACCGUGCCCUCCAUCUUCGCUGAGCGUGUGGAGCUGCACCCGGAUAAAGCCGCGCUGGUGGAGGAGGCCACAGGGGAGGUGUGGAGCUUCUCUGAGCUGGACAGGCGCUCGAACGCGGUGGGCCGCUGGGCGCUCGAGCAGGGAUGGAGGGCUGGGGACGUGGUGGCGGUGUUCAUGGAGGGUCGGCCUCUCAUGGUGGCCUUGUGGCUGGGAUUGGCCAAAGUGGGCGUGGAGGCAGCGCUCAUCAACUUUAACCUCCGCAGAGAUUCACUCCUCCACUGCCUGGAGGUGUCGGGGGCUCAGGGGAUGGUGUUCGGCAUGGAGCUAGUGGACGCGGUGCUGGAGGUCAGUAACUCCCUGGCUGGCCAUAUGAAGCUUUUCUACACAGGUUCCUUACCGGCCGGAAAUCUGACUUCCGACCUCUCGGUCCAGGAUCUGGACCUGAUACUGGCUGCCACUCCCCAAACACCACCACCGGUCACCCACAACAAGGGCUUCAAUGACAAGCUCUUCUAUAUCUACACCUCAGGCACCACAGGUUUGCCCAAAGCUGCUAUUGUAGUCCACAGCAGGUUUUACCGCAUCGCCGCGUUUGGGUACUACUCCUUCAAGCUGCGCCCCGACGACAUCAUCUACACCUGUCUGCCUCUCUACCACUCAGCAGGUAACAUCAUGGGGGUGGGUCAAUGUCUGGUGCAUGGCCUGACGGUGGUGAUCAGGAGGAAGUUCUCCGCCAGCCGGUUCUGGGACGACUGCGUCCGAUACAACUGCACUGUGGUCCAGUACAUCGGUGAAAUCUGCCGUUACCUCUUAUCCCAACCGGUGCGCCCCUCUGAGUCGAGCCACUGCAUUCGGGUUGCCAUGGGAAACGGGCUCCGCCCCAACGUGUGGGAAUCGUUUACCAAACGCUUCAAUAUAAGACAGAUCGGAGAGUUUUAUGGAGCUACAGAGUGUAACUGCAGCAUCGCCAACCUGGACGGCAAGAUGGGGGCGUGUGGCUUUAACAGCGUGAUCCUGCCUAAUGUUUACCCCAUCAGACUGCUGAAGGUGGAUGAAGAGACCAUGGAGCUCAUCAGAGACAGUAGGGGGCUCUGUAUGCCCUGUAAACCAGGUGAACCAGGAGUAUUGGUUGGAUGGAUCAACCAGCAGGACCCCCUGAGGAGGUUUGAUGGCUAUGCUAACCAAGAAGCUACGAAUAAGAAGAUUGUGCACAAUGUCUUCAAGAAGGGCGACUCCGCCUACCUGUCAGGUGAUUUGAUGGUGAUGGACGAACUGGGCUACAUGUAUUUCCGAGACCGCAGUGGGGACACGUUCCGCUGGCGAGGCGAAAACGUUUCUACCACAGAAGUGGAAGGAGUUUUGAGCUCUUUGCUGAACCAGACGGACGUAGCAGUGUAUGGAGUCUCUGUUCCAGGCGUGGAGGGAAAGGCGGGUAUGGCUGCCAUCGCUGACAGCACAGGCAGCUUUGACUGUGAAACAUUCUUGCAGGAGGUGCAGAAGUCCCUCCCCUCGUACGCCUGCCCUGUCUUCUUACGCCUUUCUCCAGAAGUGGACACAACAGGCACGUUUAAGAUCCAGAAGACGCGGCUGCAGAAGGAGGGAUUUGACCCCCGGCUCUCAAACGACCGGUUCUACUUUCUAAACGGCCGGGCGAGGCGCUACGAGCCUCUAACAGAGGAACUAUAUAACUCAAUCCAGGAGGGUAGGGCAUCUUUAUGAGGGGAGACGGAGGUCAGUUGUCAGUAGUGCUGUGUAUAUUCUGUAAUAACCAACCUGCUGUAUUUUAGUCUCGCUGUGGUCAGAGAGUAGUGCUGGGAUAAACACUCGAGGUCAUCAGCAGCGAGGUAUUAGAUCUAAACUAAUGUCUGCCAUUGAGCACAGACAGUGGAACUAACUAAAGCUCUGGAUUUUAGAACAGUGGUGCUAACAACUUGUGGCUGACGUCCACAAAAUCUGAUCAAAUAUUAAUUUAUUAAUUCUUUUGUGAAAUGACAUUUUUGUAAAAUUCAAGAAAAAAUAUUGUGUUAAAAUGUGAAUAAAAAAGUGCGAAU